UCAAAUAAAAUUUUUACUCUUCUCACAGCUAUACUAGCGGAUAUUUAUGAUGAACUCACCGCCGACUACCAGCGCGCUUUAGAAGCCACACAAUCGGUGCAUGAAGUAGAGGAGAUGACUGGUGCAGAUGCGCCCUUGCAGCCCGACUUACCACUUUUACCUUGGAAACCCCGUCAAAUCUCUGCUAAGCUUUUAGAGCUUGGUCUGGUUAGUAACAGAGCUGAGUUUGGAAAGUAUCCCAGGCGCCUUGACCGUCAGCCUUCUCGAGAUCGGAAGCAUAUACGGCGCUCGCGCCUAGAAUCAGAUCCUGGCAAUAGCUUAUCGGACGCUAAUCAGACUGAAAUCAGGACCAGCGAGGAUUCGGAUGAAUUCCAAGGGUCUGAAAUUAUUAGAAGACCUCUUCUUAGAUCAGGAAGUAAAGCAAAAUCAAGGGUUCAUGUUAAGCGUCGGCGACGGGAUAAUUUGGAAGCCGAGUCGGAAAUAGUCAGCUCCUUGAAGAGUGAUGAACGUGUAGAAGAGGAUGAGGAUGAUAUGCCUCUUGCAGCUUUGUCUAUCCUUGCAGAGUCUGAUCGUAUAUCAAGUAACAGAUAG